ACGUUGGCUUCUUGUCGGUUUCAGUUUCGAAGUUUUCCGAUUGAAAACCUGAAUAAAAAAUUAAUACAAAAAUUUAGCGCGCUUGAAAAAUCUGACUCUAUCUGUGUCUGUAUUUGUAUUUGUGUCGGUGUCUCGAAGAGUCUCUCCGUCGUAGUGUGUGUGUGUGUGUGUAAAAAAUACUAAAAACUAACGCAAAUUGGCUGCACUUUUCUGCACUUCUAAUAAAAAAUCUCACGCGUUGAAAUGUCGCCAGCGGAUGACAACUCCUUUGCCACAACAAAUGGCAGCAAGAAGGCAACCUACACGCUCAUCUGCGUCAAAGUCGUCGAACUGUGCCUGCUAAUAUGUUGUCUCGGCCUAAUCGAUGAACCGGCGACCAACUCGCAUUUGCGUGUCUUCAUCACGCCUCGGGUGAUGGCGCUUUGCUACGUGACCUUCGGUGCUUUGGUGAUCCACACGGGCAUUUAUCUGAUCAUGGCGAUCUUUGGUGACUUAACGCCUUGGCGCACUUCGGUGUUGUGGGCUCUGGUUGGAUUCGUCCUCUACAUUGCUGUGACUGCGCUGCUGUUCCGUGACUGGAGCACCACCAAGGAUCGCAAUUACUGGCACCCGAAUAUGCAUCGUCUGGAUCUGGUUAUGGCGUCCGCAUCCAUUUCACUGGUCACCGGUUUGGUCUUCCUGCUCGAUGUUCUUCUGACCGUUCGCUUUGGGGUGCAUGGCGAUCUCGAAUGACAUGAUCGAGGACUGUUCCAGGCAUUGACCUAGUUUGUGUGACUUUGUAAUAUUUACAGAGCAAAUAGUUGAUAAGCAACCUCCCUGCCUCCCUGCUAAUUGUAACAAAUUGUUCAGAAGCACAUAUGAAAGUAGUAUAUCAUAAAAACAAAAAACAUAAAAAAACAUCAUAAUUGCCAUCAUUGAAAUUGAAAAUGUACAAAAAUCGAAUUGUAGGAAAUUUUUUGGAGAAUGAAGAAGCGUCGCUUAAAGUCCCUGUUUCUGUUUAAGAAUACGAAUCACUAUAACGUUUUUUUUAUCUAACACUUAACAUAAGAUUUACACCGAAUAUUUUUGUAACGAAUGAAAUAAAAUUUUCACUAAAUUAAA